CCCCCUUACCCCAAACAGCACAAGAGCCACUGGGCUGAACCGUAUGAACCGAUCAGCCAUCUGAGCGCGGGGAGGGGGGACACACACUGAUCCAAACUCCGGCGGAGGUGGCCAGGAUCACCCGAGCAGACAGCCAACUGCUUACCGUUGCAAGCGAUGAAACGAGCAAAGCUUCCCAGCAGCAGUGAAGAUUCAGAUGACAAUGGCAGUCUAUCGACAACUUGGUCUCAGCAAUCAAAGUCCCAACAUGGCAGGAGAUCGGGACACAAAGACCAGAAGCCAUCUGAGGUGUUUCGAACAGAUCUCAUCACUGCCAUGAAACUGCAUGAUUCACACCAGCUGAACGCAGAAGACUAUUAUGUGCUGGCCGACCCAUGGCGGCAGGAAUGGGAGAAGGGUGUUCAAGUGCCAGUGAAUCCAGAAUUUAUCCCUGAGCCCAUUGCCAGGGUCCUUGCUGAGAAGGAGAAAGUGGUCACGUAUUCUAGGCCUCGAAAGUACGUCCACUCCUCUGGGACAGAACCCCCAGAAUUGGGGUAUGUCGACAUCCGGACUCUGGCUGAUGGCGUCUGUCGCUAUGACCUCAAUGAGAUGGACGUUGCCUGGUUGGAGUUAAUUAAUGAAGAUUUAAGAGAAAUGGGCAUGGCCCAGUUUGAUGAGUACCUCAUGGAGCGGGUCAUGGAAGAGUUCGAGCAGAGAUGCUACGACAAUAUGAACCACGCCAUAGAGACGGAGGAAGGCCUUGGGAUAGAGUACGAUGAAGAUGUUGUGUGUGAUGUUUGCCAGUCCCCCGAUGGAGAAGAUGGAAAUGAGAUGGUUUUCUGCGAUAAGUGUAACAUUUGUGUGCACCAGGCGUGUUACGGCAUCUUGAAAGUACCAGAAGGAAGCUGGCUCUGUCGUACGUGUGCACUGGGGGUACAGCCAAAGUGCUUACUGUGCCCUAAAAAAGGGGGCGCCAUGAAGCCCACACGUAGCGGCACCAAAUGGGUCCAUGUCAGCUGCGCUCUGUGGAUUCCUGAGGUGAGCAUUGGGAGCCCAGAAAAGAUGGAACCCAUCACCAAGCUGUCUCAUAUCCCCAGCAGUCGCUGGGCACUAGUCUGCAGCCUUUGCAAUGACAAGACCGGGGCCUCUAUACAGUGUUCGAUUAGGAACUGCCGCACAGCCUUUCACGUGACAUGUGCCUUCGACCACGGUUUGGAGAUGAAAACUAUUCUAACAGAAGAGGAUGAGGUGAAAUUCAAAUCGUUUUGCCCAAAACACAGCUGUGGCAAAAAACCAGACCAUAGUCUCAUCAGCCAGGGUACACGGGAUUUCAACGGAGGAGCUGGAACCUCCCCAUCUCAUCUAGACCGUAUUCAAGACCUGAACGCCUCCCAGCAUGGCAGCCAGAGGAAACUGAAACUCCAGCAACUGGAAGACGACUUCUACACUUUUGUCAAUGUACAAGACGUGAGUGAAGCCCUUCAAGUUCCAAUCGAGGUGAUCGAUUUUAUUUACCAGUACUGGAAGCUGAAGAGGAAAGCCAACUUCAAUAAACCGCUCAUAACUCCAAGGAAGGAUGAGGAAGAUAACCUGGCAAAGCGAGAGCAAGAUGUUCUUAUCCGUCGGCUCCAGCUCUUCACUCAUCUACGCCAAGACCUGGAGAGGGUGCGUAAUCUUACGUACAUGGUGACAAGGCGGGAAAAGAUGAAACGUUCUGUGUGCAAAGUGCAGGAGCAAAUAUUUAAUCUUUAUACCAAACUUGUGGAUCAGGAAAAAAGUGCUGCAGAUAUACCUAUGGAGACAAUGUUGCUUUUUAAUGCUCAACCACUGGACCCAGAUGCACCAAAGAUAGAAGACUUAAAGUGGCAUUCGGCAUACUUCAGAAAACAGCUGAGCUCUUCAUUGGGACAUUCCAUGAAAAUGGCCCACAAGAAGAGCAGAUCGGAGAAUGAAGGGAAAACUGGGCAUUCACGGCCCAGGUGUUCCAGCAGGAAGAAGGAAAUGCAGCUUUCUGACUGUACCAUUUCUUUCGAAAGGACCGUUGGAAGGAUUUCACCUGUGCAGCAGAAAAAUGAGACAACCAUGCCAGAACACAGGAAAAGGCGUGACAGUCGUUCGCAAUGUGAAAUUAUUAGAGCAGAGCUGAAAGAAAAGCCUCUAAAGCACCAACCUAAACCACUGAGAUCCUCAGAGCUGUCCGAUAAACAGGCUGAAAACAAGCGUAACCCCAGCCAGUGCGGUGGGAGAUCAACCGCCGCUGCUACAAUCACAAAGAAACCCUCCGGGAACAGCUCGAAUAGGUACAGUGGCUCAUUGAUCAAAAUACAUUGCAGCCAGUCUUCGGUCAAAGCGCCCACUAGUCCUGUCAAAAACUGGGGGGGAUUCCGAAUUCCAAAGAAAGGAGAGAGACAACAGCAACAAGAAAAAGUGGAUUCCUCAAGGCCAAACCAGAAACGCCAGUACCUUGGGCCCGUUUCCCCGAAAGACAGGACAAAUGACGAUUUGAAAACAGACAAUGAGAAUGAUGGGUACGUCCCAGAUGUGGAGAUGAGUGACUCUGAGCCGGAAUCAACGGAGAAGUGCCGAAUGCAGAGGCUAGCACCAAGCAGCACCAUCAGCAGAGGAUACGAGACAGACAUCAUUAGGAGAAGCAUCCUAGCAUCAUGACUGGGCCUUCUAGUGAUGGUUCUUCAGCAUUGUUGCUGGAAGAGUGUCUGCUUGCUUACUUGCUAAGGCAUUAUUUUUGUGUACACAGGAGGACAGGAAAGAGUUGUUACUUAGUCUGUAACCUGACAGGUCAAUAACCAGCUCUUCCCUUAUUUGUUCCAACUUGUUUACUUGCACUCGAAAAUCACUGAUUUUCAUCUUACCCCUGUAGUUUUGCUUCCACAGUAUAGCUGAGCACACGUUUGUUUAUCUGUUUUUCUUGGGCAUGAUGACUGUCCAUUUUGUUGGUUUACAAGAGGUUAAGCUGCACUGGAAUUGCUUUCAUUUGCCCCUUGAAAGCACAAGUUAUUGCUUUUUGAAGCGAUAACACAAAGGUUGUUCCUGUCUUGGGUACGCCAUUUUGCACUUCUGGCCCAUUACAUUUCUUUGCACUGCAACUUGGUCUGUCUUUCGAGCAUGGUCUUAAGACAAGUUAUCCGCCCAUUCAUGCUGUUUGUGGCCAAGCGUUCUGGGUAUUCACUAUGGUAGACCAAGAAAUAGAAGUUGUGAUAUGAAGGAAUAUGUCUGAGAUGCCUGUGUCUGAGAUGAUUGUGUGAUAACCUUUUCAUGAAUCUUCAAAUCAAAGGGAACUUCCUUCCUUCCUUAAAAACCAAAGUUUUGCCCAGUACACACAUGCUCUCACCUUUUGCUUACAUACUAGCAUAUCUGCUGCAUCUUCCCCUGGCCUUCAUUUCCAGUUGGAUUGUGUAUGGGACAAAGACGGGUAUGAUGCAUCAUUUUUUCUUCUUGAUAUAGGAAAAUGUAAUGGUCUGAUAAAUGUAGGCAGUCAGCGGACAGUUUCAAAGAUUACAAAAAUUCAACAGAAUCUUAGUCCAUUUCAAGUACGUCUGAUGCACGAAACGCAGAAGCAUUGGUUGAAUGCUUAUUCUAGUUUAUCCAGACUACUGUACAAAGCAGUAUAUCUGCCCAAAACUCAAUAUCCAUGAUCUCUUCUAAGUUUUAUAUUUACUAAUAUAAAACACGUGUUUUGCUAGGGGUAAUUAUAGAACUCUGAAAACUUGCAUUCCAUUUUCACUAUUUAACUUUUAAUCGAAGAGUUCCAGCGACCAUCAUUUUGUGUUAAACACAGACAGCAAUAAUAGUUCACUCUUUCACCCCUUCAGCAUAAAGGAGUAAUGAAAUAAUAAAGGUACAAUAACAAGAAUGACUUUAGCUGAAAAGCCUGUUGGUUUCAGUGGCUGCGAUAAUGAAUUACUAAACAAAUGUAUUCUUUAAACUUUUGGUCUGUCAAUCACACCUGGGAACCCUCUGGGUUUGGCUUGGACGCCCCAUGAACGACAGAUGAUUAUGGGGCGUCUGGGGCAAUGUUUGGUCUCUGGGCAGGUAGGAAUGGUCUUUGGCAAUCUGUAGUUUUACCAUUUUUCAAAUCUGCUACAGACUACUUCAAUUUGGACUUUAAUCCAGUUGUGCUUCACUAAAUUGGCCGGGUUGCGUCCUUCCAUCUCUUCUUGGAGUAAUUAAUUAGAUAUUCCCAGUGUAGACCAAGCCAUUUGCUUUCUACACCCACUAGCCAUUUUGUGCUGCCUUUGAAAGCCGUUUCCACUAAGUAACACAACAUAAAUCGACAAAUAUUGGUACUGAGCAUGUGGAUGCGUCAGCAUACUCAAAUAUUUGGGAUUGUUGCAGGUAUCUGUUAAACUUUGGCACCUUAUGUGUGUUUGUGGUGUGUAUAUAUGUAUGUGUGGGUGUGUGUGUGUAAUAAUGCAGUGUGGAUCUAUGCUUUCCCACUAACUUUGGGGUGGUUCUUAUGUCCUAUUAACCCCACAAGUGAAUAAAUUUAAGAAAAAGGGAUGCCGCUUCAUAUUUAUGGACUGGGCCUGAGUAAAUGUGCCCAGAUCAGUCUCACCAAAUUUGCUUAUGUCUUCUGGUGGGGGACCUGGAUGUUAAUCCUCUGUGUGAUCACUUAGAGGGCUGUUAAACCCAACCCAUGUAAACCUAGUUGACAAGCCAUACACUGUCACCUACCCAACACAUUCAUUUUUGUAUCAAUUACUUUGAAUUCUGUACAUUCUUACUGGAUUUAAUGAUAGGCAUGUCACAUUAAUUGGAUUUUCUCUUAAAUCCGUGUUUAUUUUGUAUUUGUUUUUAGGCUCUACAGAAGUGCGUGUUUAGGUUCUCAAAA